AUGGUAACACCAGCAAGGCCCGACCUACCCGCAGAGACGGUGAUGAUCAAGAUCAAGAAGUUCACAAUUGAAUCCCGAAGUAAGUGGCUUCGCUGGACCAACCAGUUGUGCAACCUCGCCCAGAAGAAGCAGUGGACACAUGAUCAGAAGGCACACAACUGA